GCUGAGGAAGCGGCGCUCCCAGGGCCGGCCCCGGCCCCAGCAGCGGAGUGUGCGGUCCCGGCGCGGGCCCGGCCCGGGGGCUGCGGGCAGCAGGGCAGCGUGUCCCCUCGGCCGUGGGGCCGGCAGGGAGGGUCUGACCCCUGUGUGCAGCAUGCAGGAGACGGAGCGCGAGGCUGUGGGGCAGGCACUGGAGGGGGGCCCGGCCCUGCCCGACGCCCAGAUGGAGUCGCUCGCCCCCCCCCAAGUCCCCGGCCUUCGACCUCUUCAGCCUGGUCCUGUCCUCCAAGCGGCUGGAGAUGUACCUGGAGCCCCUGCAGGACGCCUGGGAGGGGGUCCGCUUCCUGCUAAGGUGGCAGAUGCCCCUGUGCUCGCUGCUCACCUGCCUGGGCCUCAACUUCCUGCUGCUCACCCUGACUGAAGCUGCCUGGUUCUCGCUGUGCGCCCUACUGGUCCUGCUACCCGCCCUGCUGGGCUACCUGCGGGAGACAUGCCGGGUCCGCCGGCCGGAGUCGGAGCUGGUGCGCCAGAGGUACCACAGCGUGCGGCGUGAGGACGUGCAGCAGGUGCGGCUGGCGCGGCACGAAGCCGUCGCUGAGGUGAAGAGAUUCCUGAUCCACCUGGAGGGCUUCCUGAGUUGGCUGUGCUGUGCCUGCGAGGGGGCGUACCGCGUGCUGCAUUGGGAGACCCCCGCCUUGUCGUCCCAGUUCUAUGGGGCGCUGCUGGGCUCCCUCUGUGUCCUGUACCUGCUGCCCCUCUGCUGGGUCCUCGCUCUGCUCAACAGCACCCUCUUCCUGGGGAACGCCGAGUUCUACCGAGUGCUGCUGGAGCUCAAGGCUACGGUGGAGCAGCGCCUUGGCCCCAAGCCCGUCGCCAGUGCCCCGGAGCCGGCGGAGCCUGAUGUGGGAGGAGAGGGGGGUGGCACCCUGGUGGAUCGGACUCCCACGCCCACCAGCACUGAGGACCUCACACCCGGCAGCGUGGAGGAGGCGGAGGAGGCGGAGCCCGAUGAGGAGUUUAAAGACGCUAUCGAGGAGGACGAUGACGUCUCCCAGUGCUCCGCCGAGUUCGACAUCGGCCUCCCGGACAGCAGCGUCAUGAGCAAGAACGAGGUGAUCCGCAGCAAGGUGUCACGGCUGACCGAGCGUCUGCGCAAGCGCUACCCCAGCAACAACUUCGGGAGCUGCACCGGCUGUGCAGCCACCUUCUCCGUGCUCAAGAAGAGGCGGAGCUGCAGUAACUGCGGAAACAGCUUCUGCUCCCGCUGCUGCUCCUACAAAGUCCCCAAGUCCUCCAUGGGAGCCACAGCCCCAGAUGCCCAGAGGGAGACGGUGUUCGUCUGCGCGUCGUGUAACCAGGCUCUUGUGAAGUGAGCGGAGACCCCGCUGGGGGCGUCUCUGGCUGCCCGGCCCGGCCGCUGGGGGCAGGAGAGUGUUGGGAUCCUGCGUCGCUGAGCCCCCCGCCUGCCCUGGCGCUGCCCGGCCCAUGGCACUGGGUGGCUGUGGGGGCCCCACUGCUCUGUUCCCCGGAGCUUUGCUGCGGGGUCCUGGUUGGCAGGGGGCUGGCGGGGAGUUGUUAACCCCUUGCUGCCUGGAGCGGGGCUGCAGGGGCCUGAGGCCGGCCACCCCUCCUCUCCGCUCUGGGGCUGGGAGGUGUGGCCAUGCCCCAGGAACCUCGGCAGGUCUGUCACUGGUUUGCAAAGCCACAUGGGUAACCAUAUGCACAUUGCCCUGUGCUAGCUAAGUGCCCCCCAGCCUGCCCCUGGGCUCUGAGCAGACCCCUCCUCGACCCCCAGCGCUGGGUCUCCUCCCCGCCUGCAGGCAGAUGGGAGCAGGCAGGGGCCCCGCAGCCAGGCUGGUUUCAGCUGGACAUGGCAGAGUGCAGUGGGGGGCCUGGCGUGGGGCAGCUCUCAGCUCAGACGCUGGGCUGCUGGCUCUGCCCCUAGUAGUGGGUGCUGGUUCUACUCCCCUGACCUGGGGCUACAGUCCCCCCUCUGCCCUGCCCCACAGAAUCCGGCCAAAGGAUUCACCCCCACGGCCCUGGGGGUCUCCUCUCUCAGCAAGGGGGGUUGGGCGCCUCUGCUGUCCUGGUUGGGGUCUGGAAGCACUGCAGGGGCAGGGCCGGGCUCCGCACCCCGCAUUCUGCGCUAACCCGUGUACACGGGAGUUACUGGGGGUGUAGUGUCGCUGGAGCAGACUCCUGUGUCCCCCUGGCAGGGAUCUCGGGGGCCUGCAGUCCCCCUGGGGAGAGCUGGGGCCUGCUCUUCUGCGCGGUGUGGUCCUGGAGCCCGUGGGGUGCUGGCAGCAGGCAACAGCCUGGCCUCAGGGCCUUGGGCGUGGGAUGGGCCUGGCUCUAACCAUCAGCCCCUUGCAGUCUCACCUUAACCAGGGUUAAAGCAGCUGUGGGAGCUGCUCCAUGGCCCCUUUGCGCCCAACUCCCGUGUGCCAGGCACAGCUGGAGCAAGAUGAGAACUGUCGGGGGGGGGGGGGUCUAGGCUGGGGUGGUUGCUGGUGCUGCUCUGGUCCCAGCUCAAGGGGGGGGGCAUGCCUGCAGGGGUCCCCCUCUCUGCCCUGAGCUGCACAGGAAGGCUCUCAGGGGCAGGGGGGCAGGGUAACCAUGCCUGGGUCCCAGGAGACCGGGGGGGGGGGGAGCUGUCAGUGUCAAGCUCCCUAUAAAAACAACAAAGAGUCUGGUGGCACCUUAAAGACUAACAGAUUUAUUUGGGCAUAAGCUUUCGUGAGUAUAAACCUCACUUCUUCGGAUGCUCCCUAUAGCUUCUGUUCUGCCUAUUCUCUCCUCACAUCCCCCCCCCCCCGUCCUUAAGGAUAGUUGGCCCUUCUCCUCCUCCCCCCCCUUCCCCCCCCCCCCCCGCUUUGUCCACCACUUAGGUCCAGGCUCUGACUCUCCAGUGGGGGUUUAUUAAGGGCUGGCCCCACGUCUGGUUUUAGCCGGUACCAGGCCGAGUCCUGGGGGGGUGAACGUGACUCCUCUGCUUCGCGUGCGCGGGCUGGUAAAGGACGUGCUCCCCUUGCCCUGGCUGAGCCGGCACCACUAAGAACCCCCCCGGCCCCCUGGGCACGUCCCUGCUCUGUGCCACCGGCCCCCCCUGUCCAGCGGGGCUGAUGCUGCUGCCCCGGGUGGAGUGGGGGGCGCUGCUGAGGACUGUGCUGGUAGAACCGGGGAGCCUAGUUUUCUGUGAUAAACUCCCCCCAAUAAACAUGAUUCCGCAUUUCUCUGCUGUUA